AUGGUUUUUAUCCAGGAUCAAGCAUUUCCUAGUUCUCAUUACACACCUCUUUUAAUCGUGGCCGUGGAGAAGAACGACGAGGAAUUAAUAGACUAUUUGCUUAAUCGAAAAGCCAAUCUAGUUGACGGUUCACCUUAUGAGAAUGAAAAUCCUUUAUUUAUAGCAGCCGUAAACGGAGACACCAAAGUGUUCAAAGAAUUGUAUCACCUGGGGUGCUGA